GUAAAGGCGCGACAAGGAUGAUUCGCUUCCAGGCGCGCAUGUGCUCAUUCUCCAGAUAUUUACAUUCAUAAUGAGCUCCACACCCCGGAGCAUCCACUCUUAUACUCGCACAGACACCGCCGUGCAAACAUUGAAUCUUUCCUCCUCACCUUUCCUUUUCCAUCCUUUUCUUUUUCUCUCAGAUCCAAGUUGUGAGACUCGAAAUCGUUAAGAUGGAGGACAAGAACAGUCAACGCACUGAAGAGGUGGCGCACAAUGGGUAUGCAAACGAGGCGGUGCCUCGUAAAAAGGGAGGUAUCAUCAACACACUGUAUCCUCCAGGCCCAAAACCGGGUGCAGGUGGAAGAGUCAAGAAUCACUGUCGAAAGUUCUGGUGGUGUGACUUGCUUGUUAUUGGCGUUAUCGUCGUAGUAGUCGUUGUUCCAAUAAUAUACGUCGGUAUACCAAAGAAAGCACAACACGAUCUCAACGCUUCGACGCUCGAGGUCACGUCGCAGGACGUCAGUAGCCCGACUCCCAACGGCAUCCACCUCAAGCUCGUGAGUCUUGCAAAGAGUGGAAGCAGCUUCCACCCAACGAUUGAGGCGUUCGAAGGCAGGCUGUCCUUGGACGAGGAAGGAAAGAACCCUUUCAUCGUUCUUCCAGUACCCGAAACCAAGGCGGAGGCUGAAACCGAAAUCGUUGUCGAUCAGCAACUCGGCUUCGCUGAUAAGAACAACUUCGUCGAGUACAACAAAGCUGUGAUGGGCAGUGAGUCCUUCGAUGUUUACAUGAACGGAAAGACCAAGAUCCGCCAGUCCGGACUACAGCCCAUUUCUGUUGAUUACCAUAAAAAGAUCACCAUGAAAGGUUUGAACAAAUUGCAAGGCCUUUCCAUUUCCGACGUUGAGAUCCUACGUCAAGAUGCUGUUCUGGAGGAUGGCUCCAACAUGGUCGGAAACGUCCACAUCCCCAACCCAUCUGUGCUCACCAUCGAUCUUGGUGAUGUGACCAUGAACCUUUCCAUUGACGACCAAGACAUUGGAACAUCCCUCCUUCCGGCACUUGUGUUGAAGCCCGGAAAUAAUAGCUACCCUAUGCAAAGCAAGAUUCAACAGCUCAGGGUCAUUUCCGCAAUCAGGAGCAAGUACAAGAACGGCAUUGUUCCCAUCGCAAUCAAGGGCAAUUCAAGUGUCGCAAAUGGCGAACACCUCGAUUAUUUCGAGGCUGCCAUCCAAGGCAACACAGUCAACGUUGAACUGGACGUUGGCCCAGCCCUAGCGAAGAUCGGACUCAACAUUACUUCGUCGGCCUAGUGGAACGGAACACUGCAAGUACGAUAGCUGCUCGAACAGGGACAGGAUGCCAUAGCUCGUGGCCAGUCUAUGAUAAAACUUCUGGGGAGCACGGGAUUUCAAAUACUUAGUUCUGGGUGUUGACUGGGGUUUUUUGGAUUGGGAAAGAUUGGGCCAUCGUCGUGAUACCCGGAUUAACAUGCCCCAUACUGGCUGCCCAACCCACCACUAAUCUCCAUCUUGUAUGAUUUUUUGCCAAGUAGUAAUGGACGAAAUGUGUGCAUCGCCAGAUUGGACGUCAAGUGCGAAGCAUCUUAACAUAUCGAUCAAGAGUACAAACAA